AUGAGAAGUAGAAACGCCGAGGCCGAAUAUCAGGGACUGCUGACAACGUGUGCCAAGGUGGGUAUAUAUGCGGUCCUACUUGUCGGUUAUCCCACGGGCAUGUCGGCGUUAUCCAACGGUGAUUUGGCCAAGGAUAAAGACUCCCAGUACCUGCGGCUAGCCUGUUCGAUUAAAAUGGUGGGAGAGGGCUUGAGGGUGGAAGGGCCUUGCGGUGGCUUGAACCAGCUCCCCGGCGCCUCUCGGCCCCUGCGAGAUCGUCCCCAUAUCCGCUUGAGGUUCCGCUCAGAACUAGCCAGGCUACUACAGACCCAAGACUCUGGGGACCCCGCCGACCCACCUGGAAGGAAAAGGGACCCUGUCGACAAGGCCGUCAGACGAGGUGAGCGGGGGAAACAAGCGCUUGGCCCAGUGUUGAAUUGGGAAAAUCGACAAGAAAACCCUGGGAUGACCGCCAAGUGA